AUCACGCAAAAGGGGUAUGAGAAGAAGAGGGCAAAGCUUUUGGCUCCGUACGUUCCGCAGACCCAGGGGACUGAUCCAGCGUUACAGAAGGACUCCAGAACUCAGAUGCCGGCUCCAUCUGCAACUCCAGCCUCAGCAUCGUCCUCCUCCUCCUCGUCGUCCAAAUUUCACCGAGCUCGCUCAGGGGGCGCCAGAGAUGAACGCUAUCGAUCUGAUAUCCACACCGAAGCCGUUCAGGCAGCCCUGGCCAAGCACAAAGAACAGAAGAUGGCCCUGCCCAUGCCAACGAAGAGACGGUCAACCUUCGUUCAGUCUCCGGCCGACGCCUGCACUCCCCCAGACACGUCUUCCGCGUCCGAGGAUGAGGGGUCGCUAAGGCGCCAAGCUGCUCUUUCUGCUGCAUUGCAUCAGAGCUUACAGAAUGCUGAGUCUUGGAUCAACCGAUCUAUUCAGGGGUCAUCCACAUCCUCAUCAGCAUCCUCUACACUUUCCCAUGGAGAAGGCAAAGGGACCAGUGGGUCACUAGCUGAUGUGUUUGCCAAUACUCGAAUAGAGAACUUCUCCGUUCCCCCAGAUGUCACAGCCACCACCUGCCCUUCCUCAGCACGCCCAGCAGCCGUUGACCUCCCUCCUUCGGGAAUCGUGAAAGGCAUGCACAAGGGAUCCAAUCGCUCUAGUCUCAUGGAUACUGCGGAUGGUGUCCCUGUGAGUAGUAGAGUCUCCACAAAAAUCCAGCAGUUGCUCAACACCUUGAAAAGACCCAAAAGGCCGCCCCUGAAAGAAUUUUUCGUGGACGAUUUUGAAGAAAUCGUGGAAGUUCCACAGCCUGACCCGAAUCAGCCCAAGCCCGAGGGACGGCAGAUGACGCCUGUGAAGGGAGAGCCCCUGGGAGUGGUUUGUAACUGGCCUCCUGCCUUAGAAGCAGCUCUGCAGCGCUGGGGAACCACACAAGCCAAAUGCCCCUGUCUGACAGCACUGGAUGUUACUGGCAAACCGGUUUAUACCCUCACGUACGGCAAAUUGUGGAGCAGAAGUCUCAAGCUGGCCUACACGCUGCUUAAUAAACUGGGGACCAAAAAUGAACCCGUGUUAAAACCUGGAGAUAGGGUAGCCCUUGUUUAUCCCAACAAUGACCCGGUCAUGUUUAUGGUGGCGUUUUACGGCUGUCUCCUGGCAGAAGUCAUACCAGUGCCUAUAGAGGUACCUCUUACCAGAAAGGAUGCUGGUGGUCAGCAGAUCGGAUUUCUGCUGGGAAGCUGUGGCAUUGCUUUGGCGCUCACCACUGAAGUUUGUCUGAAAGGGCUUCCAAAAACCCAAAAUGGAGAAAUUGUGCAGUUUAAAGGUUGGCCCAGACUCAAAUGGGUUGUGACAGAUUCAAAAUAUCUCUCCAAAUCUCCUAAGGACUGGCAGCCCAACAUCUCAGCUGCAGGAACUGAGCCAGCAUAUAUUGAGUACAAGACGAGCAAGGAGGGCAGCGUGAUGGGCGUUACGGUGUCGCGGAUUGCCAUGCUGUCUCACUGUCAAGCCUUGUCCCAGGCCUGCAACUACUCCGAAGGUGAAACGAUAGUGAAUGUUCUGGAUUUUAAGAAGGAUGCGGGGCUGUGGCACGGCAUUCUGACGAAUGUAAUGAACAAACUGCACACUGUCAGCGUGCCCUAUUCUGUGAUGAAAACCUGUCCGCUCUCCUGGGUGCAGAGAGUCCACGCCCAUAAAGCAAGAGUCGCUUUAGUCAAGUGUCGAGACUUGCACUGGGCCAUGAUGGCCCAUCGAGACCAAAGAGACGUCAGUCUGAGCUCCCUGCGCAUGCUGGUUGUAACCGACGGUGCAAAUCCUUGGUCCGUGUCCUCAUGUGAUGCCUUCCUGAGCUUGUUUCAGAGCCACGGGCUUAAACCAGAGGCAAUUUGUCCGUGUGCCACGUCUCCAGAAGCGAUGACGAUCGCCAUCCGGAGGCCUGGGGUCCCCGGGGCGCCGUUGCCUGGAAGAGCCAUCCUGUCCAUGAACGGGCUGAGUUUCGGUGUGAUUCGUGUCAACACUGAAGAUAAAAACUCUGCUCUCACUGUCCAGGACGUUGGCCACGUGAUGCCAGGAGGGAUGAUGUGUAUAGUGAAACCGGAUGGACCCCCGCAGCUCUGUAAAACAGACGAGAUCGGGGAGAUCUGCGUUAGCUCCCGGGCAGGAGGAAUGAUGUACUACGGGCUGGCGGGGGUGACAAAGAACACGUUCGAG